UUUGAGUGAUCAGUUGGGAAGAAGAAAAUAAAAAAAGCUCAUAAAUAUUUAAUUGAAAUCAUGUCUGCCAUCUUCCGAAGAGGAACAAAACUCGCAAACCAACUUUAUCGGAUCAAAUCAUCCCGAAAGUUGCUUGAUAAACAUCUCAACGCAUAUGUGAAUAAAAUUGCAGUCAGACCGCUCUCUGGAUUUUCAAACAAUUUCGUGAAACCGAUUGAUAAGAGAACUUUACAAACAGCUGAUCGACGACAAGCGACAUUUACUGAUCGUUCCCAACUUAGAUAUGCGAAACGUUUAGUUGUUAAAUUGGGAAGCGCUGUGAUCACUCGUGAAGAUCAGAAUGGAUUAGCUUUGGGUCGGUUGGCUUCAAUUGUCGAACAAGUCGCUGAAUGUCAACUUGAAGGCAGAGAAUGCAUCAUGGCAAUUGCAUUUGGAAAGCAAAAACUCACACAAGAAUUGCUUAUGACGUUGACCAUGAGAGAAACAUUACAUCCAAAAGGCGAUGAACCAGCACAUACUUUGGAACCGAGAGCGGCUGCUGCUGUUGGACAAAGUGGUUUGAUGUCUUUAUACGAUGCGAUGUUUGCACAAUACGGUCUUCGCAUAGCUCAAGUUCUUUUGACAAAAGCUGACUUUUAUAACGAAGAGACGCGGAAGAAUCUUUUUGCGACACUUUCAGAAUUAAUCAGCUUAAACAUCGUACCAAUCAUCAACACAAAUGAUGCCGUUUCACCGCCAAUGUUUAUAGUUGAUGAAGAAGUCAAAGUCAAAGGUUCAAAAAGGGGUAUCAGCAUCAAAGAUAACGACUCAUUAGCAGCGAUGUUAUCAGCAGAAGUUAAAGCUGAUUUGCUUAUUUUGAUGUCAGAUGUCGAUGGAAUUUACAAUAAGCCUCCGUGGGAAGAGGGCGCGCGUUUGCUACACACCUUCACUCGUGAUGACCAUGAUCACAUCAGAUUUGGGAAGAAGUCAAAGGUUGGAACUGGUGGAAUGGAUUCGAAAUUGAAUGCAGCAACAUGGGCAUUGGAUCGGGGAGUUAGUGUCGUGAUAUGUAAUGGAAGUCAAGAUCAUGCGAUAAAGACAAUUGUGGGUGGGAGGAAGGUCGGAACUUUCUUUACUGAAACAACUACUGGUAGCACUCCCGUGGAGUUCCUGGCUGAAAAUGCACGCAAUGGCAGUCGUGUCAUGCAAAACUUAUCUCCCGCUGAACGAGCAUCAUGUGUGGAAACAUUGGCUGAUCUUUUGAUAUCGAAACAACAAAUGAUUCUUGAUGCAAAUGAAAAAGACAUGCUUGAAGCGCAGAAGAACGGUUUAGCCAAGCCUUUAUUGAAUCGACUCUCGUUGACACCAGCAAAACUUCGUGGGUUGUCUGCUGGUUUGAAACAAAUCGCUGAGACAAGUCACACAAUUGUUGGUAAAGUUCUUAGACAUACAAAACUUGCAGAGGGACUUGAUUUGAAGCAAAUAACUGUGCCAAUUGGAGUUCUUCUGGUGAUUUUUGAAUCACGUCCCGAUUCAUUGCCACAAGUUGCAGCACUUUCUAUAGCAUCAGCUAAUGGACUUCUACUGAAAGGUGGUAAGGAAGCAUCUCAUAGUAACAAAGCUUUGAUGGAUCUUGUAAAAGAAGCGCUCAGCACAGUUGGAGCUACCAAUGCAAUCUCAUUAGUCUCAACAAGAGAAGAAAUCUCAGAUUUGUUGUCAAUGGAGAAGCACAUUGACUUGAUCAUUCCGAGGGGAUCAUCAGAAUUAGUUCGUAAUAUUCAAGAUCAAUCACAAAGAAUUCCAGUGUUAGGACAUGCUGAAGGAAUUUGUCACGUAUUUGUUGAUCGUGAAGCUGAUUUGGCAAAGGCAAUUAAGAUUGUUCGUGAUGCCAAAUGCGACUAUCCAGCUGCUUGCAAUGCAAUGGAAACUCUUCUGGUUCAUGAAGAUCUUUUCUUGGGAUCAAAUGUCACAUUUUUCAACGACAUUUGUAAUAUGUUGAAGAGCGAAGGAGUUACGAUUUAUUCAGGACCGAAAUUAGCUAAACAUUUAACUUUCGGCCCACCGCCUGCUAAAACAAUGAAACACGAAUAUGGAGCACUUGAAUGUUGCGUAGAAAUUGUUAAAGAUCUCGACGAAGCAAUCGCUCAUAUUCAUAGAUUUGGAAGCUCUCACACUGAUGUGAUUGUGACAGAAAACAAAGAAACAGCAGAAAGAUUCCAAAGCCAAGUUGACUCGGCUUGUGUCUUUCAUAAUGCUUCAUCACGUUUUGCUGACGGUUAUCGCUUUGGCUUAGGCGCUGAAGUUGGAAUUUCAACAGCGAGAAUUCAUGCACGUGGACCUGUAGGAGUUGAAGGUUUAUUAACAACAAAGUGGGUGUUGGAUGGAGUCGAUCACGCUGCAUCUGACUUUGCAGAAAAUGGUCCAAGACAGUAUCUUCACGAGCAAUUGCCUUUAAAUUAAUUCUUAUUUCUUUUCUCAUCUUUCAAUUAUCAUUUGAAAAGAUUAAAUUUCGAUUAUUCCAUCGAAGCAAACUCAAACUUAUAAGAUAAGUUAAUUAAAUCAGAUAAUUAUCAAAUCAAACUUUUAAAUAUCCAAAUAAAAUGAAAUGUUAGAAAAAAAAUAAUUUUUUUAAUUAGAUUGCGGGGAUGAGCAGAAAAUAAAAUAAAAACAAAGAAAUUUUUACACAAUGCAAGUUUGACC